GUCGAAUUUAUAGGAAUCUCGAAGGUACGUAUAUUUUAUUUUUUCAAUUUUUUGACGACAUACAAGAAAAUUGAAUUUUCUGAAGGUGUUAGAAGGACCGCGGAGGCGCAGUCGAGCGAAGAGUCGAUAGACAACGAGCACGUAAUUGUAGGCGCGGCGAAGAUGCUUCGAGCGUGCCUUUUCCAUUUGUCGAGGCAGCCAACGUCGAAGCAUCUUAUACCGUUCGUCCUCGUGGGCAUUCCAAGCGGGAAUUCUCGAAAGCCAGUUGUGCUGUAGAAACACGCGUCGCGGCUUGCCGCUCGCCGGUACUUUCGAGUGCUCGUAAAACUGCCGUUUUCUCGCUUUGUGCCGUUUUCGAGUGUGCCGAUUUUUCUUGCCAAAGGGGCUACCAUACAAUACCAGAGUAUCGUAACUACCUUAUCUGGACACCAUCAGAGCCUACGGUCAAAUUCGGAUUGAAUAUAGCCAGGCAGGAUGGACGCUGAAACCGGGGCCAUUUUGGCCCUACAAAUAUUGGCUCUCUGUUCGAUAGUCGCCGCCCUGUUAGCCUAUCUAAUGCGGCAAUCGAGGAACGCAACGGACGAAUACGAGACCCGUAACAAACGUCAUGUUCUCGUUACCAGCUGCGAUACAUGCGUGGGUUUGCAGAUCGCCAUUGCGCUCUACGAGGUUGGUUACAAGGUAUUUGUCGGAGUGUUGGAUCCAUCUGGUAACUCACCAUCGAUGAAGAUCCUGAGGGCGAUCGAGCAGCAGAAAGAAAAGGAGGACGAACCGGGAGACACGGGUCGAGGGAACCCGCAGGAUCCGGAAGUACGUGCUCGCGGCCAAAUCGUUCCAUUGGAACUGGACUCGACCAGGGAGGACAGUUUACGCGCUUGUUUGGACGCAGUUAGGGCGAAACUUCCGGCCGGGGAAGACGGUCUCUGGGCGGUCGUGCACACCGGUGGCUUGGCUCUGCCCGGUGUUAUAGAGAGGCAGCCGAGUUCGGCGUGGGAAUCCAUGUUGCGACACAACUUGGUCGCGCCGCUUAGGACCGCCAGAAUGUUCAUUCCUCUUUUACGCGUGAAAAGAGGACGCAUCGUUCUUUUGGGCGAUUCGACGACGAGCUACGGCACGAAAGCUGGCACAGGGCUGGUAGCGUUCAGCGCUUCGAGGAAGGCGGUCGAAGGGGCUGCGGAGGCAUUAAAAAGCGAACUACAAUCGUCCGGAGUCGACGUGGUUCUUCUUAAACCACCGCCUGUGAAUCCUCUUAUUCUUUACAGCUCGCCCGUACUCAAGACAUCUGACGUGGAGUCUGGUAUAGUCUCCUCCGAGGGAACAUGGACUGCUCCGAUGUCGACUCACGCCAUUCAGAAUUCCCUGAUACCAGCACUCACGACACCUUGUCCACGAACUUCCUACGACAUGGUUGAUAAACCGAAGCUUUUCUGCAGAUGAACCGCCGGAUCUCGCGGAUACUAAGAAGUUACCUCCGGAUGAGUUAAUCGAUAUCACGUUAGGUUACGUAUCAGCCAGUAAUACUUUUGUAAGAUUAAUGAUCGAAACGUUAACUUAAUGCCUAUUAAUCCUACAUUGUACCCGUCGAUGUCGGAUGAAUAUAAUUGACGUUUCAAUUACCUUUCUAUUUAAGAGGCUUAAGCUUUCUAGACAGCGUGUGUGUGUGUGUACAGUUUUGUAAUUAAUAUAAUGUUAACAAAGAUUUGUAA